GGGCUGGAGUCUGGAAUUCACCCCUUUCUCUCUCUAUCUCUAUCCAUAUGUGUGUCAAGCAACUGAAGUAUCUAUCUCUUUAUGCCAAACAAACAAAUAAAAUUAAAAUAGGCUAAAGAAGAAAGAGUGAGCUUUCCGGCAUGAGAAUCAGGAAGCAUGCGAAGGUGUCACCCCUCACGUACGCCGCCGCCUCUCUCAACUCCUCCGCCCUUCUUCAGACCCAUUUCUGCCAACUCAAUCAGUCUCCCUGGGACGUCGUCACCUUCCCCCUUGAAGAUGAACAACAACCUUCUCCCUCCACGCUGCGUCCGCCGCCGCCGCCGCACGGCCCGCACGCUCCCCUGUUCGAUGGAUGCGGAAGUUAUCCCCUUGACGGUUCAAAUGAAGCUGUUCACAGCUCUGAAUCCGGCAUGGUCUCUCCGGGAAGCAGUGUCGUCGCCGCCGGCAGCCGCUUCCGGGACGCGGCAGAGCAAGAGCAUUCCGUGAAUCUGUGCUGCAAGAGCGAUGGCAAGGCGUGGCAGUGUAAACGAGAGGCCAAAGUUGGCCACACUUUGUGUGACCACCACUUCGGGCAGCUCAAGCACUACAACAAGGUGAUGCCGGUGGAGGAAGAUAAACAGGCCGCUCCUCCUCCGGUGCCCGAAGAGUCCGUUGCGGCUACGACAAGCCGAGGGCGGCGCCCUCGGCCGAAGAAGACUUCGGGAGUCUCCUCGAACCCGUACGACUUAUAUUAUUAUACGGGCUUCGGCCCGCUGUGGGGCAAGAAAAGAGGUCCCGGGAGAAUGAAGGAGAACUACAACUCCCCGAACACAUCGGAAUUUGAUCCGAUAAUGGGCGCAACUUCUUCGGGUUCGGAGAUGGAUUGUUUGGAAGAUGAAUUCCCGAGUGACAAUGAUGGCAAGAAGAAGAAAGUACGGAAACCGGUUAAGGCCCGGUCCUUGAAAUCGCUCAUGUAAGACGACCAUACAUACUCCGUACCAUUUUACUUCAUUUCUUGUUGUUCUAUUUCGGAUCCAGUUCUAGCUCUUUCAUUUGUAGUGUGUGUCGAGAUGUUAAUUGUAUACAUUUGCAUGAAAAAUAAAUUUCAUCAGUUAUUAU